UGCUCAGACCACAACUUCCCCUCGUAGCUGUGAGGUACGCAACACCCGAGCGCCGAGACAGACAGAGGAAAGCAUCGCCCAGCGUCUGCUGCUGCUGCUGCUGCUGUUCCAGUCCGUGUUUCAGCCGCGUUUCAGCCCGUCACCAUGGGAGCGAAGGCCGAGAGUCGACUGCUGGUCGCCAUUCCUUUCUGGAUGUGUUUCGGCAGAGUCGCUGCUCUCUCGGAGCCAGAAAUCUGCUACGUCCUGGAUGGGAUCCUCUUCCUGUACGGCAUCAUCCUGACCGCGCUCUACUGCAGGGUGAAGAUCUACAACGCCAGAGAGGCCAGCGGUGGAAAAGGAACGUCAAAGCAGAAUGUGGAAGAGGGCAUCUACACGGGUCUGACUCCUCACAAGCCGGACACAUACGAAACCAUCGGCAUGAAGAAGUGAUCUCACCCGGCUGCAGCGCACUGUCGUGGGGUUUUUCUUUGUAUUUAAACAUGACACAUGUCACACUCUGCUUUUUUACACCAGCGCUCGUUUCCCCAUUUUGCUUUUGUUGAAUCGAGCAGAAGUUGAGGAGGAAGAGAUAGAAAAGAAGAAGUGAAGCAGCUCUCUGUAGGAGAUACUCUUCCAGUUCUCUAGCACAUAUUUAACAUUUUUAUUUUGACUGCUGAUGUCCUGAAGAUGCAUUUAAACGCUUCAGUGUGAAAACAAAAAAAAUAGGAUUGCAAUGAGAGGUUUUAUAUUUUGCGAAGAUUUCAGGAGGAAAACACGCUGAUGGAAAUUUCAUCCUUUACUAUUUUUGUAAAUUUGACAAAUUGCAUAUGCUUUCCUUGUAUUUGUACUAAUUAUUGUUUCAUUUUUGCACGCCAUAAUUUGGGGGUAAGGAAACUAUAAGGGGGGGGGAGACAUAUGAAAGACGUGUAAUCUUACUGAGCAGUAUUUCCAUCACACCACCGGGUGGCAGUGAUGGCAUCUCCUUCACCUUUCUGAAGCUGAUACAUGUACGCACGAGACUUCAUUUUCCACGCACUUUCAUAUUAAAGAACUUCUCUUUUAGAAAUA